AUGACUUCUGUUACCCCAGAUUCUAAUCAUACCUCACUCGGUCAUGAUGUGGCCAUGGCCGAAAGAAGUAUAAGCUGCUUUACACGCAUAUCGCAUACCUACAGACGCCAUGAACUCGGCUGCCAAGCUAUCAUUGCUCGUCGUCAUGAUGGCUUUCGUAAAAAGCCCCAUAUUCACAACGACAACCACGAAAGUUACCGCCCAGUCUCCCAUAAUAAUUAUCAUACAGUCCAGAAAACCCAUUCAAACUCGGAGCACCGUCACAACAAGGGCCACCAAGGCCAUCAACGGCAUAGCGAACAAAAACACUCUAGGCAUAGCCAUAAUCAAGGUUCAUCUCACGGAAAAGGACACCAUAAUACGGCUUCCAACAGUGAAGACGAGCAUGACCCAAAUCACAAUGACAAUAGCAACGGCAGUCAUGGACAUGAGGAUCAUAGUAGUACUGAUGACCACGACUAUGGAUAUGAGCACUCCGGGCACGUUGGCCACGACAAAGAGAAGCCAGAAGAUAGGGGUGGCAAUAAGCAUAGAAAGGGAAAAGAAGAAGACAGUCAGCAUGAAGAUGGCAGUAGCCCUUUAGAGGAGCAGAGUGAUAAAGCUAAUGGAGGAUAUGGACCAUUUGGGGAUGAGGAAGAAAACCCUGUUGAGGAUGAGGAAGAAAACCCUGUUGAGGAUGAGGAAGAAACAUCCGUCGAGGAUGAGGAAGAAAAACCUGUCGAAGAUAAGGGAAAAUCUGUAGAGGAUGAGGAGGAUGGUCCGCCCAAGGGCAAAGAGGUGCAUGAGUCACCGAAGGACGGAAAACACGAACCAGCAAGUGAAGCAGGACAUAGUAGACAUAGGUCACCUAAGGUCGGGGAGCAUGAAGCAGCUAAGGAUAAAAGGCGUGGGUCGUUAAAAGAUGGUAAACAUGGAUCGUCCAGGGAUAGGGAGCAUAAGCCAUCUGAGAAGGGAAAGCACGAACCAGUAAAGAAAGAGAAACAUGAAGAACACAGAUCAGCCGAGGAGAAGCGCGAACCAACCAAGAAUGGGGAGCAUGGGUUAGAGGAAGAUGGGAAGCAUGGAUCGUCGAAGGAUGGUAACCAUGGAUCAACAAAGGACGGGAAGGAUGAGCCAUCAAAAGAUGGAAAGCAUGGGUCACCAAAGAGUAGAAAGCAUGGGUCGUCAAAAGAUAGAAAGCAUGGGUCAUCAAAGGGUAGAAAGGAUGGAUCAUCAAAGGGUGGCAAGCGUGGAUCACCAAAAGGUGAGAAGCAUGGAUCAUCAAAGGGUGGGAAACAUGGAUCGUCAAAGGAUGGAAAGCAUGGGUCGUCAAAGGACGGCAAGCAUAAAACCCCCAAGGAAAGAGAGCACGAAUCAUUAAAGGAAGGGGGGCAUGAAGAACACAGCUCAGUCGAUGAGGAGCGUCGACCAACCAAGGGUGAAAAAGAGAGCGGGAAACAUGCUGAUAGAGGUGAUGAGUCCAACAAAAACAAUGCCAAAGACGACAGUGAUAAACCUAGUGCUACUAAGCCCAAGGAAGACAAUAACAAUCCCAGCCCUGCCACCAAAACCAUUACAAACUCCAUAUCCCAGCCUGGCAAGGCUAUAUCAACUGCCCCAAUUUCCUCUGACUCAGAGUCCGCGGGAAAAUCCAAUAUCCCAAUAGGCCCCAACAUCCCACUUCCUCCAAACGGCUCUUCUGUCAACCGCUCAAUUGUUAACAAGCCUGCCAACCCCAAAAAGGAUGGCCAAACCCCUGGCACUAUCGUCGCAUUUAUUCUCGUUCCUUUGACCUUAAUCGUCGGUCUAACUUUUGGUGUUAUUGCGUACCGUCGUCGAAAUACCCGUCGACGUCUGCAAGGAGGUGCAGGGGCUGCUGUUGCUCAUGCUGGGACAGGAGUAACAGAAACAGGAGAUGAAGAUUCUGGCUCAAUGCUGAGUCCUGUCAGCUACCGUCCUCCAGCACCAUUCACAAGCGAAGUCGAUAUCACGACUGAGAGCCUAGGGAGCUCUAAUAUUAAUCCUGACAUUGUAGUUGGGGAUUCGUCAAUUCACAUAAUCUCUGCCCCUAAACGCGAUGAAGGCCGUCUAGGAAUCUAUGAAAAUUAUUCUCAUGUGUGUAAAACACAACUGGCAGGCAAGGAAUGCACAAACCAUAGUAUCAGUUGCUUCGUAGCUUUGAACCACAGCAAUGGCGGUCUAAACGCUACUGCCCCCAUGCGGGAAGUAACUGUGGGCUCUGGAGUUUCAUCGCUGAGGAACUUGGAUCCAGUGACCUCGUCUUCUGAAGCUGCAGAUACAAUAGCAACUGCUGCAGCAACAACAUCAACACCAUCAUCUUCAAAGCAACUGUAA